AUGGGCGGCCACGUGGCACCUUGGCCGCUGGAAAAUGACGAGGACGGAUUAGCGUCAAUUCUGGGAGACGGAAUUACUGAGCGUGACAAACUCGAUCAAAUUGCUGAGAAUCUCAUCCCAAUGAAAGGUCGAGUAGUUAGAGCUCCUCCUAUCAGGCUCGAGAAGUUAGAGUCCGACUACGAAGGCUGGCGCCUCAGCUCGAGGUUCCAUUUUAAAGACAUCACGGUGAACGAAGCUGAGUAUCAUGGUGAUUCUCGAAUAGCUAUUCAACAAGCCCAAGGACUUAUCCAGUGUCUGAAUCCCAGGUUGAAGUUACUGCUCGCUCCGUUCGAAGGUCUGCGCAAAGAAUUCAAGUCUGGGCGCAUAGUACAUGUGAAAUGGGAGUAUAAUGCUGCCGCUGAUUACGUGAUCGGCAAAACCGGCUUAUCCCGGAACUCGGUGGAAAUCGUGGAUCCGAUCAAACUAGCUCAGCUGAAACAGAUGAAUAGGAUACCCGAACGACAGGUGAAGCAGCGUACUUUAGAAGACACGAAACCUGGGAAUUCAGUCACGAAAUCGGAUGAAUUGGCACCCCUGGAAACACAAAGAAGAACGGAGCGUGUAAGAUCCUGUUUGACUAUUCCCGGAUCCGAAUCGAUAGAAGGCGAAGCUAGUCCACUGGUACCUUCUUCUCAGAUAUUUGUCGCUGUGACGAGAAGUAGAACAAGAGUCUCUCCACCGACAGGUCCAGGAACUUCUGAGGCGAUGAUGGAACAAUCUGAUUCUAGGACGUCUGAGAAUACUAUGGAAUCCAGAGGAUAUCUACCUGAAGGAAAGACGCCUGCGGGGGCAAUAAAGACUGAACACUGGAUUCGUCGCCUCACCACUUAUUUGCGUGGAGAUUUGAGAAAACUCUCAGCUGCUGAAGCACUCCCGGAAUGUGUUAUACUACUGAAAUCGGUCGACGCCAACAAGGAAGGUAAUAUGAGACUCGUGGUCCCCAAGACACUCCAGAAAGAUUUAUUGCAUCUGUGCCAUGAGGGUUUUCAAGGGGGUCGUCAGGGAAUUCAUAGAACUCAGGAGCGCUUACGCCAGGAAUACUAUCGGCCAGGAAUGUACGGGGAUGAUGAACGUUUCGUGAGGGAAUGUAAAGAUUGGGUCACGGCUAAGGGCGCGCCAUCGAAUGCCAGACCUUCGUCUGGUAAUAUUCUCGCUACUAAGGCAUUUGAGGUGUUAUCCAUGGAUUCCAUGACACAUCUGCCGAAAUCAUGUCGAGGCAACACAGUUUUGCUGUUAUUCCAGUGUGUAUUCUCAGGGUUUAUUAUUCGUAAAGCAAUGAGUGAUACCACAGCGCAAGAAGUUGUAGAAGCCUAUAUGGAGCGAGUAUUUCAGCUUUUUGGUGCUAGUAAUCCAGAUUUAUGA